AUGUGGACCCCCGGUGGCGCCCGGCGGAGCGGCACGGCCGCCUUCAAGUCGCCGGUCCCAUCUCCAAGGUCUUGCCAACUCAAUGGAGAGAGUGAGGAAGCCCUGCAGUGUGAAAUUGAAGAGCUCAAGCAGAAAGACCUCGCUCUAGACCAGGAAAUUGCACAGUUCUUGUCUGAAGGCUACAGUCUGGAAGAGCUGGAGAAACACAUCUCUUUACUCCAUGAGUAUAAUGAUAUUAAAGAUGCUGGACAGAUGUUGCUAGGCAAACUGGCUGUUAUUCGAGGGGUGACCACAAAGCAACUGUACCCUGAAUAUGAUCUGGAGCUCAGCGACUAGUGUUGAUCCUAAAGACUGUGGUAUCCUGCAAAGAUGCCUGUUGGUGGCCGCUGGAUUUUGGUGUCAUACCUCUGUAAAACUGAUAAAAGGAGGACUUGGAAGAAUGUAGACUUUCAAGAGUGUGUAUAUUUAACAGCUCUUUUGUUGUUGUUGUUCUGAAAAGUUUUAGAACAGCAAAGUUAUCAUCCAUUGCCCGUGUGUGGGAAAACACAUGCUGAGGAUGUGGUAUUUUGUAUAAAUUCAAUUUGUCUGUAUCCUGCUCAACACUUCUUUUAUUUCCAUGGGAAAGGUUAUAAUUCAAGGUUGAGGCUGAGCCCCUUCCUWUUGAGCUUUUGUUUCUCUACAGCAUCGUGAGGCUGUUUGGAAAUGCUAGUCUGCAGGUGGAAGCAGCUUUUAAUGCAUGGAGGAGGUGAGGCCRGAAGAAUAUGCAAUGUAAUAGCUGCUUUUGAAAAGCAAAAAUGUCUCAGAAGUGGGGAGGAGAGAAGGUUGAAGUCAGUUUGUUUGCUUGUUGGAACUACUGAAUUGGGUUCUCUGCAUUUUUGUACUUCACUGAUACGGUAUCUAGAGGUUUUGGAUCAUUUCUGUAGUAAAUAAACAGCAAAAUGUGACAUUAUAUUAAGCUGUCUAGUCUGAAUAAAACAGCUAUCCUGUUCUCAACAAUUCCCUUUAAGAGCCCAUAAAACAGUAAACUUGGGAACAAAUU